AUGAAUCGAAAGGUUGCGUGGAGGAGGAUGAAAUAUAGUCCAUCCUUUGCCUUUCCAAAACCGCUACACCUCACCGCUCUCGCGAAGCUCAAACAGAAAAGAAGGUUGAGAAAACUGAAUGGAUGCAUUAGAAAGCUAAAAGCGGAUAUGGUAGGAAUCCGUGUCGAACAAAAGGAGAUCAGAGAGGGGCAAAGACGCGUAAGAGAAAAAUUCGAAGCCCUCGAAUCGGAGUGCGACCAACUUCGGAAGGAGACUAACCAACUGAUGCAACAGAGUGUGAACACCCAAAUCCGACUUGCUCUCAUGUUCCAAAUCCUACGGGCAAGAGAAAACCAAGAGUACGACCAGGAAGCCAAACUCACUUAUGCUCUCCGUGAAUCGAUAGCACGAGAGAAUCAACAAAGGAAUUUUCUUCAUGAUGAAGGUUGA